AUGGCUACGGAGAAUGAAACACAAGUUCCCACCGGGGAACUCACAUUAGUUGAUGUAAUGAGGGCUUUGCAAGCCUUGAACGAUAAGGUGGGUAGUAUGGAUGGUCGGAUGGAAAACAUGGGUAGUCGAAUGGAAAAUUUGGGAAGUAGGGUGGAAGCGAUUGAAGGAGGUAGUAGGGAGGUUUCAUAUUCGCCCCGAGUGCAAUACCAAGGAGGCACAAGUGGAGCUACUCGAAGCACUUCACUUACAAUUUCACCCGGUACCUUCCAUCAUCUAUAUAACCCCACUCCCCAAAACACUCCCCAAAACAUUCCUCAAAACACAACCAUCACUCCUCCGAACAACAUUCCCAUAGGCCAACGGAACAACCCACCUCCACAAGAUCAAACUCCAAAUGAUCCACGUCCAAAUGAUCCACCCCCUAAUGAUCCACACCUAAAUGCACCAAUGUCACCCCAAAACCGUCCAAACAUCCAACAACCAAAUGACGACGAGAUAGAAGAAGCUAUACUUGAGCACGAGCUAUAUGGUGACCAAGGGUGGAGGCCACGAGGACAAGCGCAAGGAGGUUAUCGAGGGAGGGGUGGAAGGCAUGGUCCUAACCCUCACAUGGGUAGGCAAAGAGGGUACCAAGCUCAUGAAGGGUACCAAGGAGGAAGUGACCCCGAUGCAUUUCUUGAUUGGGUGAUGCAUUGUGAUAGGAUCUUCUUGACGAAUGACAUGUCCGAGGUGAAAAAGGCGUCUUAUGCCAUUGCUCAAUUCGAAGGGUAUGCCUCCACAUGGUGGGAAACUCAAGUGAAGGCGAGAAGAAUUAUUGGUCUUCAUCCCACACCUACUUGGGAUGAAUUGAAGGACGCCAUGCGGCGUAAGUAUGUCACCGAACGCUACAAGCAAGAACAACUCAAGAAGGUGUAUACUUUAAGGCAAAGCAAAAAGAGUGUGGAAGAAUACUAUGAUGAGUUCCAAAUUGUCAAGAUGAGAAUCGACUUUGACGAGGAUGAGCUAAAUGCUAUGACUCGGUUCCGAGCCGGGUUAAAUGGUGAGAUUGUCUCACAAAUGAGACUCCACAACUAUGGGAGCAUUGAAGAGACUCUUCAAGCGGCUAUUGAAAUAGAGGAGGAACGAGGAGCUUCUUCCUCCAAUUGGCAAAAGAAUAAGGGUCCCAUACAAGAAGCCAAGAAAUCCUUUGUGAAGAAUACUCAAGUUGAGAAGCAAGUUGACAAACAACCUCCGAAGUUUGCUCCAAAAGAAGGAGGUACGAAAACUCCUAUUCAAUGCUUUAAAUGUCAUGGCUUCGGUCAUAGAGCGAGUGAAUGCCCUAAUCGUAGAGCAUUUAUUUUGAGAGACACUUAUAGUGAGGAUGAGGAAGAAUGUGAGGAAGGAGAUGAUGAGGUCUAUCAUGAGAAUGAACAACAUGAUAGUGAAGGGGAUGGUGUUGAAGGUGAUGAUGAGCCUAUUGUACCUCUCUAUGUGGUGCGAAGAACAAUGAUAAGCAAAGCAAUGGAUGACCCAAGUCAACGGGAAAAUCUCUUCCAUUCCAAGUGCAUCAUUAACCAAAACACUAGCAUCAUGAUCAUUGAUAGUGGGAGUUGUGCCAAUGUUGCUAGUACCACCCUUGUUGAUUUCUUGAAACUUCCCACCACCCGCCAUGAAAACCCUUACAAACUUCAAUGGCUCAAUGAAUGUGGUGAAUUGAAGGUGACUAGACAAGCUAUCAUCAAAUUCGCGGUUGGGAAGUAUCACGAUGAGGUUUUAUGUGAUGUUGUUCCCAUGCAAGCGUGUCAUCUUCUACUUGGCCGACCAUGGCAAUAUGAUAGGUCCGUCAACCAUAAUGGGAGAACUAAUCGAUACACUCUUGUCCACAAUGGUGUCAAACAUGUCUUGAAUCCCAUGACCCCCUCCCAAGUGGGUGAGAUCUAUAACAAAAUGAGGGAGUUGAAGGAGAAGGGUCAUAGUGCAUUGCAAAAGAAGAAUGUGUCUCUUUUGGCGGGUUGUGGGGAAAUUAGGGAGGAAUUGGGGGAGCGUCAACCGGUGAUUCUUCUCGUGCAUAGGGACUAUGCAUUGCACACUAGUGAACUAACCCUUUCUCUUCCUAGUUCUAUUUCUUCUCUUUUCGAAUUUGAUGAUGUGUUCCCAACGGAACUCCCAAAGGGGUUACCGCCUUUGAGGGGAAUUGAACACCAAAUUGAUUUUAUCCCGGGGUCUCAAUUGCCAAACAAACCGGCUUAUAGAGCCAACCCGGAUGACACCAAGGAGCUUCAAAGGCAAAAAGAUGGAUCAUGGCGCAUGUGUGUUGAUUGUCGUGCCAUCAACAAGAUAACGGUAAAGUAUCGCCAUCCCAUACCUCGUCUUGAUGACAUGCUUGAUGAGUUGAAUGGUUCAUGCAUAUUCUCUAAGAUAGAUCUUAGGAGCGGGUAUCAUCAAAUCCGGAUGAAUCCUGGAGAUGAGUGGAAAACCGCAUUCAAGACCAAGUUUGGUCUAUAUGAAUGGUUGGUGAUGCCUUUUGGCCUCACUAAUGCUCCUAGUACUUUCAUGCGUUUGAUGAAUCAUGUGAUGAAACCUUUUAUUGGCAAAUUCGUGGUUGUUUACUUUGAUGAUAUUUUGGUGUAUAGUCAAACCAUGGAUGAGCAUGUUAUUCAUUUGAAAUGUGUGUUUGAAGUGCUUAGACGAGAACAACUUUAUGCCAAUGUUGAUAAAUGUUCCUUUUGUGUGGAUGAAGUUGUUUUCUUGGGAUUUGUUGUGAGCUAGGGGGUUGAGGUUGAUGAAUCCAAAAUAGAAGCCAUAAGAAAUUGGCCCACUCCAAAAUCCAUUGGAGAUGUACGAAGCUUUCAUGGCUUGGCUAGUUUCUAUAGGCGUUUUGUUAAAGGAUUUAGUACCAUAGCCGCUCCUUUGACCGAGGUAAUCCGAAAGGACAAACCUUUUUCUUGGGGUACGGAGCAAGCUAAUGCCUUUGAAACUUUAAAACAAAUGCUUAGUUCCGCACCAUUGUUGCAAUUACCCGACUUUGACAAAAUAUUUGAGAUUGAAUGUGAUGCAAGCAAAGUGGGUAUUGGCGCCGUUCUAAUGCAAGACCAAAAACCCAUAGCCUAUUUUAGUGAAAAACUCAAGGGCGCGACUUUGAAUUAUACUACCUAUGAUCUUGAGUUGUAUGCCUUAAUUCGUGCUUUGGGAAAUUGGCAACACUACUUGUGGCCUAAAGAGUUUGUGAUUCGGACCGACCAUGAGUCCUUAAAGCAUCUUAAGGCCCAAGGUAAGUUGAACAAAAGGCAUGCCAAGUGGGUUGAAUUCCUUGAAUCCUUCCCUUAUGUAAUCCAAUACAAAAAGGGAAAGGAUAACGUAGUGGCGGAUGCCUUAUCAAGGAAACAUGUUUUGAUCAAUACUUUGUCUUCCAAAUUGAUGGGUUUUGAGAGCUUGAAGACAUUGUAUCCCGAGGACCCCGUCUUUGCACAAAUCUUUCUAGAAUGCGAAGAAUGGGAAAGGGAAAGGUGGCUUAGGGAUAGAUCUUCUACUCCCUAUUCUAAGUUUGAUGGUUUCUUGUUCAAGAACAAACGACUAUGUGUGCCCAUGAGCUCUUGGAGGGAGUUAUUUGUGAGGGAGGCACACAAUGGGGGAUUGAUGGGACACUUUGGGAUUGACAAGACAAUGGGGAUUCUUGAGGAGCAAUUCUAUUGGCCCCACAUGCGGCGGGAUGUGGCCCGAAUUUGUGGCCAAUGCCUUGAAUGCCGAAAAGCUAAAUCUAGGCUUCAACCCCAUGGCUUGUACACUCCCCUCCCCAUCCCUCAACAACCUUGGUUUGACAUUUCCAUGGACUUUGUGAUGGGAUUGCCUAGGACAAAGAGGGGGAAAGAUAGCAUCUUUGUUGUUGUUGAUCUCAUUCAUAGCACUAUUGGCAUGUCACCCUUUGAGGUGUUGUAUGGUUUUAAUCCCCUAACCCCCUUGGAUCUAACACCUUUGUCUCAAGAUGUGGUAUUGAGUUUAGAUGGUAAUAAGAGAGCCGAAGCUAUGAAGAAGAUCCAUGAAAAGGCAAGGCUCCAACUUGAAAAGAAGAAUCAAAAGGUAGCGAAACGGGCGAACCAAGGGAGAAAAAGGGUGGUCCUUGAACCGGGUGAUUGGGUGUGGGUGCACUUCCGAAAAGAAAGAUUUCCAAACAAGAGGAAGACAAAGUUGAUGCCGCGUGGGGAUGGUCCCUUCGAAGUCCUUGAGAGGCUUAAUGAUAAUGCCUACAAAAUUGAUCUCCCUCCGGAAUAUCAAGUUCACAACACUUUCAACAUUUGUGACCUAUCUCCCAUGGAAAUGGAAAUUAUGAAGAGGGCGUUUGUGGAGUGCAGGCCAGCGGGAUCACCUCCGUUGACUUGGACUCAGUUCUAUCAGGUGUUUCUAGACAAGUAUGUUCGUCGUACAUUGUGGGAUCGUAGGCGUGAUGAGUUCAGUAAUAUUAAGCAGGGUAAUUUGUCUGUGGCUGCUUAUGAGGCUAGGUUUUAUUCGUUGUCUCAAUAUGCCCUCCAGCUUGUUCCCACUAAGGAGGAGAGCAUUAGAAGAUUUGUGAAGGGGUUGAAAACUGCCCUUCAGGUGUCAGCUCUUCAGCUUGCAGUGAUAGGUGCUUCCUUUCAGGAAGUGGUGGAUCAUGUUAGGACUGUCGAGAGAGUUCGACAGGAAGGUUAUCAUAAGCACGCGAAAAAGAAGGCCUGA